CCACUGCUUUAGUUUGCACAAGCAGGAGGAGUUUUGCUUGAAGAUACACUGAAACUCGAAUGCCAGCCUGGUUUGUUUGCCAGCAGGUGCUUCACAGCUGUCAACCUGAGUCGUAAGUGGCAGCUACUGUAAGUAGCUUCUGUGCACUAUGAAGAAUUUUUCAUUUCCUAUGCAGGAUAAUACAUAUCAGACUGAGAGUCCUUCUCACAGAUUCCCGAGUUUGACAAAUCAGUCAGGUCCUGUUGGAAGACCAGAAAGAGAUGAACAAUUAGCUCAAGUAGAGAUUGCUGUACUGGGGGUCAUAUUUCUGACAGCAUCUGUGGGCAAUUUUAUUCUCGUACUGGUGCUGUGGCGAAGAAGAAAGAAGCUCUCUAGGAUGUAUGUGUUCAUGCUUCACCUCAGCAUUGCUGAUUUAGUGGUAGCCUUUUUUCAAGUUCUGCCUCAACUCAUAUGGGAUAUUACAGAUGUUUUCAUAGGGCCAGAUUUCUUGUGCAGAAUUAUCAAGUACCUACAAUUGCUAGGCAUGUUUGCCUCUACUUAUAUGAUAGUGGUCAUGACAGUGGACAGAUAUCAAGCAGUUUGCUACCCUAUGGUCACAUUCCAAAAGAAGAGAGCUCUCUGGAACAUCCCUAUUUUCACCAGCUGGUUUAUAGCACUGAUUCUUAGCCUACCACAGGUAUUUAUCUUUUCUAAGACUGAAAUAUCUCCAGGUAUCUUUGAAUGUUGGGGUGAAUUUAUUCAACCAUGGGGCCCAAGGGCAUAUGUGACUUGGAUUUUUGUAGUUAUAUUCUUCAUUCCCUCAGCCAUUCUUAUCACAUGCCAGGUUAAAAUUUGCAAAAUAAUCAGAAGAAAUAUAUAUGUGAAAAAACAGAAUGAAUGUGAAACAACAAAUCAGAAGCAAGUCCUGCCAUCCCGAGCAAGCAGUGUGAACUGUAUUUCAAAGGCUAUGAUCAAGACAGUAAAAAUGACAGUGGUGACAGUUGUUGCAUAUGUGCUCUGUUGGUCACCUUUCUUCAUUGCGCAGCUGUGGUCUGUGUGGUUCCCCAGUGUCGUGACUGAAGGUUCAGCAUUCACCAUUAUCAUGCUCCUUGGCAAUUUAAAUAGUUGCACCAAUCCAUGGAUUUACAUGUAUUUCUGUGGACACAUUCCAUAUUGCACAAAUAAGCAAGUGGAGAAUACCUCAGCUCAAGAGGAAUCGACCAAAUACUGCUGUCCAGCUGGCAAGAGGAACGGAUUUCAGGCAAGAAGGAAGAGAAGGAGGUGGACGAAGGCAGUACCAGAGCCAGACAGGAAUAGGAAGAGUCUAUGAAGUCUCUUAUAAAAAUUGCAAUUGAUAUUUUUUCUUGUGUUUUCCCCCACUCUUUAGUUAAUAGUUAUUAAUUCUACCCCACAACAAAUUCCUUGUUGGAGCAAUUCUCUAACUCAAGUGGCAGUGUCGUUAUCUGGGGUAAGAACAUCAAAGUUAUAAUCCAUACUAUUGAUAGGGUAUUUGUUAUAUUCAGCCAUUCACUGACUUUCUAAGGCUUUCAAUCAAUUAGCUCUCAGUUAGGUUUUCCCUUGUGACUGAAUAUGAUGGUUAAUGGUGGGAUUUUUAGUUUUCUACCUCUGUUAAUUGCAGUUGGUUACACAGUAUAACAUGCAGUGUUGAAAGGUGGUGUAAACAGAAAUGUUGCAAGGAAUUACCUGUCACUGUACAACUGUAUUUGCAGCAAAACUCUUCCAAAGGCAUUCAUUUGCAAGAAAAACAGGCAUUGAAAUAAUGUGCGAGAGUCAGCCAGAUCCAGAACUGACAGAAGUCACAAUUCUGCUCAGACACUGCAGUGAAGCUGUGCUGUUUGACACCACCUGCUCUGGCCUCCAAUUAAAGUUAAAAAGUGUAACUUCUACUUAUAUUUCUGCAUUGCUCAUAUAUUUAUUACUGGCUUUAUAAAUAAUUUGGUAGAGCUGGUAGCCUAAAUAACAGUAGCUUAAUAUGUUCUUUAAAAGUCUGAGAACAAUAUUAACUGACCAUAUUUCAGAUAUUUUGAUCAUGUGUUGAAUGAAAUGUCAAAACUUCUAAAAUUCAGUAAUGGUUGUUUAUUGUUUGCAAUUUUCAAACCAAUUAUAUUUUUGUCUUUCAAGUGUUUUCUUUCUGAUUUUUUUCAUUUUCUUUCCCCUGAGAUCAGUUCUGCUGUUAAGGAGAAAAAUAAAUGUUACUGUAUUAUGGUACAAGCUACAGGCUAUGGACAUUUUUAGUUUCAGUCUGCCUGGAGGUAUUUGAACACAGGUAUUCCUGCUUUUUUUCUUAGCAAAAUGAAUUAGGCUGCAUUUUUCGGAUGAAUUCAUUAUCCUAAAUGACCUGCCCUGCUUACCCCAUGGGCAGCAGUGACAGACACACUCAGUGGGGAGUUUGGUUCAGGCCCACAAUUUUCUGUCAAAAUUCAUUUGCAAAUGAUGGAAAAUUCAUUUUGAUAACAUUUUUCUUUUCUUUUUUUUUUUCUUUUUUUUUUCUUAGUAGAGUGCCCCUUACAGAAUUUUUCUCAAAGAAAAGACAUUUAAAACUAUAAUAAAAUUUUUCUAUUUGUAAAUUUGACCAUCAGUAUUUUUUGAAGUUUUAGUUUGAACAUCUUGUGUACUUCUUAUCCUCUAUAGUUGGAUUCCUUGUUUGGACUAUAUCUUUCCAAUUUACUGUCACUUAGAUUUUCAACAGGUAUUAGAUUAUCUCAUUAAGAGAGAGAGCUGACUGUGGGACAACAGUGUAAUCUGUCCAGAGUGUUUAGUCAAUGUUGGAGAAUCAGAAACUGAAACGUACAAGUCCCUGGAGGCACUGUGGAAGCCCAUAAAAAUGAAAAAAUCCAGUUAUCAGAUGAAAGUCUUUCUUAUCAAAGCCUAGAUUCUAUUUUCUCACACAAAUAAUUUCUGAGUAGAAAAAUACCUAGUGUACAAGUUCCCACUCUUGAAGUGAAUGGCUAUGUUGUUGAUGCUGGCACUGCAAUAUGGUUUCUGGUUAUCUGGGUGGGGAUUUUUUUUUUGUUUUCCAGGGUUUUAUUGCCAGUUGGGAAAGGCACAGUUCAAUAAAAGGAAUUAGAUACUUUCUUAAAAAUUAUUGUUUUAUGUGUUGCAGUACAGAUAAGAACAAUCAAAGACAAUGUAAUCUAUUGAUUUGGUAUAGAUUUAUUACAGAAAAAAACUCACAAAAAUCAACUUAGUAGAAUAAAAGGAAAAUCUCAACAUG